UCCUGGCUUUUCUGGAAUGCAGAGCCGAGCGCGGGAGCGAGUCGCUGCUCACACCAAGUUCCCGCACGGCGGAGCGACAUGGCGAGCCCGGGGUCGCUGGAGACGGUCAUGCCUUCCUCCUGCCCCCGGCACGACGGCAGAGCCGCCACCGCUAACCCCUCCAAGACCCUGGCCUUCUCCAUCGAGCGGAUCAUGGCAAAGACGUCGGAGCCCAAGCCGGCCUUCGAGGAGCGGCACGGCGGGCCGGGGCCGGAGCCAGGCAAGAAGCCGCUGAGCCUGUGCUCGCCCCUGCCCUGCGUGAUCCCCAUCCCGCCUCUGGGCUACGAGCUGCCCUCCAAGACUCUCAACUACUCGGAGCUGUGGAAGAGCAGCCUGCGGGGCGGUGCGGGGCUCUGCAAAGCCAACUGCGGCGUCUGCUGCAAGGCAGAGCUCGCCCUGGGCCAGCCCAGCGGCCGGCUCAUCAAGCCGCAGGUCAUCCACCAGGCAGGGGCCGUUCCGGCUGCCCCCCGCUCCCUCUAUUACUUCAACUACCUGGACGCCGCGUACCACCCGGCCGACCUCCUGCACGGACAGCUCUUCCCGGCCGGCCUGCUGGGCGCCCCGUCGCCGGGGGGGCUCUCGGCCCACCAGAAGCUUUUCCUGCUGGAGAACGCCAAGCUGGCGGGGCUGGCGGCCGAGAAGCUGCCGCCGCCGCCUCCCUUCGCCCACAAGGAGCGGCUGCCGGGACACCUGGACCAGGUGAUGAAGGAGGCGGCGGCGGCGGAGCGCGGCGGCCCCCCCAAGGGCCACGCCAAGAUGGGGGGCGGCGGCGGCGGGGCGGCGGAGGGCAAGCCCAAAAACUUUACCUGCGAGGUCUGCGGCAAGGUGUUCAACGCGCACUACAACCUCACCCGCCACAUGCCGGUGCACACGGGGGCCCGGCCUUUCGUCUGCAAGGUCUGCGGGAAAGGCUUCCGCCAGGCCAGCACCCUGUGCCGGCACAAAAUCAUCCACACCCAGGAGAAACCCCACAAGUGCAACCAGUGCGGAAAGGCGUUCAACAGGAGCUCCACGCUCAACACCCACAUCCGCAUCCACGCCGGCUACAAGCCCUUCGUCUGCGAGUUCUGCGGCAAGGGCUUCCACCAGAAAGGCAACUACAAGAACCACAAGCUGACCCACAGCGGAGAGAAGCAGUACAAGUGCACCAUUUGCAACAAAGCCUUCCACCAGAUCUAUAACUUGACUUUCCACAUGCACACCCACAAUGACAAGAAGCCCUUUACGUGUGUCACUUGCGGGAAAGGAUUUUGCAGAAACUUUGAUUUAAAGAAGCACGUCCGAAAGUUGCACGACAGCGUCUCCAGCGCUCCUCCGCCGCGGGACCCUGGGCGCAGCGGGCAGAGCUAA